AUGCUAGAAGAACUACUGUUACCCAUUCGAAAAAGCAAAUAUCCGUUUGAUGGACUUAGUGCGAUCUAUCGCGCUCAAAUAAGUGAAUGUUUCGCAUUGGCCAUAUUUGCAACGGAUUCACAGUUGGAAAAGUAUUGGCAAUACCGUAGAUCAACCUUGGAUCAAUCCAAUACCUUAUCAAAAUAUAAAGACCAACAGUGGGAGUUUAUAAGAACAUCAAAUUAUACCUCGGAAGUCAAACAUUUGCUAGUCAACGACCUAAAAGCAUCAGCAGUACAAUUGCGAGAAAAUAAUUCGAACGGAGAUAUUUUUCUCAAUAUUAAAGUAUUACUGACAGUUGACCGCCCCGAAGACAGUUAUGUGGUGAUUGACAUGGAUACUGACAGUCAUUAUGAAUCUGCUCUAAGUGUUCUACCAGAAAAACCCUCGAUACUAACCCAAUAUAAAUCAUCCGUUAAUCAAAUUUUUAUCAAUUGCAAAGAAAAAAUUUGUCAUAAUUACUUCCGUGGUACACUUGAUCAUGUUCCUGACAUCGUUCGUUAUCUAUUCGAUUGGAAUAUCAGUCGAUUCAAUAUUGUCACGAAAUAUCCACGCCGAGAAGAAUAUCGUCGCGUUAAACAAUCCAAAGUGUAUGAUUAUAUUACAUUUAAAGAUUAUUUCGUGGGUAUUAUGUUGGGUAUUAUCUUAGCUUGCAUUCAAAUGUUCCUCAUUGCUCCAAUCAUGUUUCUAACCAAACCUAUUAACAAAUCUAUUUGGAUACUUCGAACUCUCUGUAAACUUCAUCAACCAUCCGAUCGGAUCUUUUUAAACAUGCGUGCUGCACAUCGGACAUUGAUUACCCAAGACAUCCUAGUUGUUCAUAAUUAUCGAAUUAUAGACACAGGUAUUACCAUCGCCGAUGCUUAUGGAACAUCAAAACUUUGGGCGGGCUAUAUUAUUGCGUUCAUGCGUUUGUUAUGCAUUAUCUUCGUCGAAGGAAUUAUCUGGUUUAGUUGGAUUUCAUUGAUUCUGACUAUUAUAUCUACAACUGCAAUUAAAACGUUGUUAGAUUAUCUGUACAUCAUUCGAGAUAUGUACUUAACAUGUUCACUUGGUGUUUGUGUGAUCGCCAUCAUAUUAAACACAUGGACAACAAUUAGACGUCAGUAUUUGCUGUCAACUUCAAAAAACGUUCAGUAUCUUGCCACAAUUAGAGAAAAUCAAAGCACGAGAGCAUCCUAUAUAUCCAUGUUGUCUUAUAUUAUCCUUGGCAUCGUCUUAAAUAUUGUUUUAAUUCUAUUAGGAGAUUACCAUACAUAUGAACAAUGGUUCAAUAUUAUUCCAUUUUCAAGAUUCGUAGACGUUCGAUCGACAGAUUUUAAUUCUGUGCAGUUAGUUGCACUUGUUAUCACCCAGGGCAUAGCGAACACAUUGAUUGGUGUUAUUUAUGAAAAUGCCGGAGGUGAAGGACGGAUUCCUGACUACGAGUUAUCAUGUCGAGAUCGAAUUGAUCGAAAAGAGUGGUUAAAUUUUCCAGUGGGAACAAUCUGUUCCUUAUUAAAGUUUAUCAAAAGACGACGAGCAGAGUCUUCGAAGAUUGUUCCUUAA